AUGGCUUAUGCGACUGCCGAGUCACCUCAAAUGACACAAGUCUGUACACCUUCCUUCGACUGUUUUCACACAGUAAAUGGCCGGUUGGUUUCGGACUUGUCUCAGGUCCCUAAGGAUGCUAUCGUGCAGACACAUUACCGUCUUCGCGGAGGAAAAGGAGGUUUUGGAUCCAUGUUGAGGGCGAUUGGGAGUCAAAUUGAGAAGACAACAAAUCAUGAAAUGUGCAGAGAUCUAUCGGGACGCCGGAUGCGUGACGUAAAUAUGGAGCGUAAACUGAAAGAAUGGUAUGCCAAAGCGAGUGAUCGUGAGCGUGAGAAGAUGGAAAAAUACUACGAACGCCGUCGAAAACGGCAAGAAAUGCUAGCCCAAGGUCCUCUGCCUGGACACAAGUUUUCAGAUCGGGAAUAUGAACGACAGAAACGAAAAAUUACUUACGAACUUCAAGGUGCCUUGGACACAGCCAUUGCACAAAUAAUUGGGGAAAAGUCCAAUGCCAGUGGCCCUUCAACAUCCGGUCCAAGUGAACCUAAGCGGACUAAGUUGUGGAUUGAAAGACUUGAUGGUGAGACAUCGUCAAGUAGUUCUAGUUCUUGUUUGAGUGAGGAUGAAGAAUUGGAGGAGCGAAUUUCACCAAUCAAGGAUGUUGCACCAUCGACAGAGAGGUCCGAACGGUUAGAGGACUCACAGAACAUACGCAUCGAAUCAGUUCAGCUAUCACAACAAGCCAACGAGGAAGCGGUCCUGACUGAACAGUCUCAGACGGCUGAAUCCUCCGAACCUGGCAAAAAUCUACCAGUUUCUGCUAAAAGACAACCUACGGGCCUGGUUGACGAGCACUCCUCCGCAAAACCUGCCGCCAAACCACUAACCGACUUGGAGCUGAGCCAGGUUAAUGAUGCACAUUCCCUGGAGUCUUACGGUUUAGAUGUUCUCAAGGAAUCCCUGGUUGCACGUGGUUUGAAAUGUGGCGGUACGAUUCAAGAACGAGCGGCGAGACUAUUUUCCAUCCGGGGGCUGCAACCAGAAAAUUAUCCACCCAAAAUACGAGCAAAACCGAAGUGACAAACAAUUUUCCAACUUAAUCUACGUUACCUUCACCCGCCGACAGUGCGCUGUUAGUGACACAUCAGGUUUGGCUUGAGACUGAUGUGUGUGGCGCCUAAGUCUUCUGUUGUAUUUUUUAUUCCCCGUUUGUACGAGAGCGAAUAUUUUUUGUUACCUGGAAACCAAGUUUUAUCCUUUGCACCUCAUUGGAAAACUGGGUUCCCCGUACCAACAUUUACUGAUUCAUUUUUUGUUGGAUCUACCGGCUCUGCCCUAAUGGCGAUGAUUCGUUGGGCAUAUUUCAGUAACAUACUAAUAACAACAACUAAUAUUUGGCUGCGAAAUGGCCGCCUUUCAGAAUACGAACUCACAGCUGCCAAAUUUUAAAAAGUUAGAUUUACC